AAAUAAAUUAGCACUGCGCGUAGUGUCGCGCGAGUUAAAUUGAAACCGGCCAGUGCACUCGGGGAAUUUACGCCGGGCAUUCGGUCGCUCGCGCGCCGUCCGAAUCGUGUGUGCGUUUUCUCGUCGCCGGCGGUACCGCGCGUGUGGUGGUCACUUGCUUGAGGAAUGACGCGCGAUCAAGAACACGUGUGAGUGAUCGGUGUGUUUUACGGCUGUCGUUCGUCGUCAGAUCAAUUCCCAGUGUUAUCUACGCGUGAAUGUGCGCGACGGAAGGUUGAACAUAACCUCAAAAAGCGCGCCGUAACCGCGUCCAGUCCGCGAGCACGUUUCACGGUGCACCGGGUUCGUCGUUGUGCUCCGAGCGUCGCGAGUGCUGCGGGGACUAUCACUGGUUAAGACUACUUUUCAAAUCGGAGUUCCUGAAACGCGUACUCUGCGGGAUGAUGCAGCGAGAAGCGUGACGAUGCUCAUUUAACGGUGUCCCGUGUCAACCUGAGGAGGAUCAUCGGCUACUGACGUAUCUCGUGGUACCAAGAUGUAAAGCGGGACCAGGGCUGGCCGAGGAAUGAUAUAAUUAGUGCGCGCAUACGUCGAUUGCGAGCAAUAUGUGUAUCUACAUGCUGUGAGACACAAUGAUGAGACAACCUUGAGGUGAAAUGUUCCGUAGUUUGCCGGAUAGGGUGGCUGGGCUAUAUUACGCCCAUGGCCUGUUCUGCUCUUCUCAUCCUAUUGCUGUUAUUUCAUUAGCAAUCUCGAUAAUGUUAUUAUGUUGCUACCCUUUGGUCAAUUUGCCUAUGCCUGGCAAUGCGCCAAGGACUAUAAUCAAUCAUACAUUUGUACCUGAAAACAAUACAGAGGGCUCAGUGUUCUAUGUGCAACAAGUGGUAUUAAGAGUUGGAGUUAUUCCAUGGACAGAGGAAUUGACGCUGAUGGAUGCAUUUCGAGGUCCACUUUAUGAAGUUUUUAAUCUGUUAGAGAUUAUACAAAAUUAUCAACAUCCAGAAACAUUAAAAACACUUGGCCAAGUAUGUUUACACAUUGAAGCUGUUAAAAAAAGAAAUGGUAAAAAACCAGAGGUUUUACCAGAAUAUAACUGUCUUGUUCUCUCACCCGCAAAUUUGUGGCAACGAAGUAUAGAAUUGUACGCACAAGAUACAAAUCUAAUAAAUACAAUAUAUUCAUAUCAGAAUUUACAAAAGGGUAAAAUUAGUUUAGCUGAAAUAAUGUUUGGAAUGAAUCUUAAAGAAACUGGCAUAAAACGGUAUCCAAUCCGUCUUAGACAAAGAAUAUUGCAGUAUGCAGUAACUAUUUACUUAAAGGAUUAUGAUCCUGAAUUUAUUAAAGGAUUACACCAUAGAUUGAAGGGUUAUUAUCACCUUCAUCAAACAGAAGUUGAUAAUAGCACAUACAUACCCACAGACGAAACGUUACACAUUUUUUACCCUGGAGAAUUUAAUUACAGUGACUUUUUUCCGUUAAUGAUGACUUUUAAUGCGCUUUUCUUUUAUGUUUAUUUUUCUGUGAGGAAGAUAGAAUUAAUAAAGUCAAAGAUUGGGAUAGCAUUUAGCGCAACUGUUACAGUGAUAGGUUCACUGUGUAUGACUGUGGGUGUAUGCUUUUUUUUUGGCUUAACGUUAAGUUUAAGUGGAAAAGAAGUGUUUCCAUAUUUGGUGAUUAUCGUAGGGCUGGAAAAUGUUUUGGUAUUAACUAAAAGUGUAGUGAGUACUCCAACACAUUUGGAUGUGAAAAUACGAGUUGCUCAGGCCUUGUCCAAAGAGGGUUGGUCUAUUACUAAAAAUUUACUAACAGAAGUGACAAUCUUGACAAUUGGCUUGUUCACUUUUGUACCAGCCAUUCAAGAGUUUUGCAUAUUUGCCAUUGUUGGCUUGGUUAACGAUUUUUUUCUGCAAAUGGUAUUUUUCUCAACAAUUCUUGCAAUUGACAUUAAACGCACAGAGCUAUCUAGUGAAACAUCCAAGUUCCAUAUGCCGCAUAUUCCUAAUACGCGUAAACAACAAUUUACAACAACAAUCACAAGUAGAAAACCGAACAUUUUUCGAUCGAAGUCACACCCGAGACUAAAUGGUUUAUCUAACGGUCCAACGAAUGUGAUAGCUCCAAACACACAGAACACUCAUACAUUGGGCAAAAUUCCAAAGCGUUUACGCAUAGUACACUUCUGGGCACGGACGAGAAUAUUUCAACGUGCCUUUAUGGUGUGGAUGAUAGUAUGGAUCAGCAUGAUUGUCUACAAUUCUGGUAUUGUUGAGCAUGUUAUACAUUUGAGUGAAACAUUGAAACCAGAAUCCGAGAUUGAUGGAUAUACUAUAGACAGACCUCAGUCAUUAAGUAAUUAUAUCCAAUUAAAUACAAUGAAACCAUUAUCAUUGCCCUCUUCUACUAUUGCCCCAGAUCAUUUAAAUAGACAGGAUGAUCUAACUAAUAAUAUUACUGAAGAAUUAAAUAAAUUAAAACCUGUGGACUUUCCACCUUGGAAUCGUUUAUCACUUUAUCAUUGGUCUUCAGUUCUCUCUAUGUACAAUAUUUCUGCUGCUGGUGGACGAAUAACUAUAUUGCCAACAGUAAAAUUAUCUCAUGCUAUAAGUCCACAAUUAGUCAAACAAAUUAGCAAUCCAAAUGAUGUGCAACAUUUUCAAUGGCAGAGUCUUGCUACUGCUGCUCUAGACCCAUUAGAUUUCUCAGAUAUAGAACUACCAAGCAGAUCUGAGGGUAGAGGUUUUAAUGCGGAUGCACCAUUUAUUCCUUCAAGCCCUAUGGAAAUAUUUUUGGCUGCAGUACUUUGUCUCAUCAGCGUCAUCGUUGUUGCAUACACGAUGGUCGUACUUUAUAGAUGCAUCUGUUCAAGAAAUUAUGCUGAAUGGAGAGCUAGUUGGCAUCAACCAGAAAAAGCUCAUGACUCAGCAACACAACUAGUUCUAGAGGCAUUGCCUUUGGUCCUUGAAGGACACUCACAAGAAGUAGAGUGCAUUGCUACAGAUAAUAACACUAUUGCUAGUACAUGUUUAGCUGGACACAUCCGUGUCUGGGAUGCGACGUCCGGUGAACAACUUGCUCAUAUAGACAGGAAACAGUUUUUCAGCAGUCCAAAAAAAAACUUAAGUCAAACGGCAACAGAUGUGGAUGAAUUAAUGUCUGAUUAUGAAAGCGGUUCACCUCCUUCAAGGGGAGAAAUGGAGGGCACUAAUUCAUUUGGCCUAUACUCGGCAGUCAACUACAGAAAAUCAUCUCCUGGAUUAUAUAAUACGCAAAGAGGACAGAGUAAUAAUAUUAAUAAGAGACAUUCAAUGGGAAACACGUUAGAGUAUGAGUAUCAGGUGAAUGAAAUGAAUAUUGAAAAAAGGAAGCAUUUACGCAGAAGUUUAGACAAUGCUUAUGAUAUUCCUGACCUGAAGUCAGCAAUUAAUAUCAAAUUCUCUUCUAUGAAACCCGCUUCAACUCAACAAAAUUAUGAACAUGGGUUUGAUUUUGGUGAUCAAUAUAAAUAUCUUGUUGAAAAACACAAUAAAUCUAUAGAUGAAUUACAAAAAACUGGGAGCACAGAACAAUUAUGUAUGCCUACUGGAAAACUAAAUACAUCUGCCUUAGUGGGCAGUACAUCUUCACUAAAUACACAUAAAACCAUACAAUAUUCACAAGUAUCCCCUAUAUGGUGCAUGGAUUAUCAAGAGAACCUAAUUGUAGUGGGAUGUGCUAAUGGAAGUUUAGAAUUUUGGGAAGGUACUACGGGUAGAUUCAAGUGUUUGUUUGAUGAUGGAUCAGGAGUUGGGCUGUCCGCAGUUAAAUUUAUCGGUAGUCGAGUAGUAGCGGCCAAAUUAAGUGGCUCCGUUGACUUUUUACAACUAGAGAGUUAUAGUGAGGGUCAACAAAUUGAUUGGGGUUUCACCUCGUACAGAAGAACUCAUGUUAGAACAGGAAGUGCUGGCUCACCUAUGGAUAUAAAUAACAUCAUGCAAUCCGAAGAAGACCUUCGUUGCAUAAAAAUUAGUUCUCAUAGAGCACACCAGCAAGCAAUAACUGUGCUUGACAGUGAGGGUGGUCGUGUUUUGACAGGUAGUCAGGAUCACACUCUCAAAGUAUAUAGGCUAGAGGAUCAAUUGCCAUUGUAUACUCUUCAUGGGCACUGUGGACCCAUAUCUUGUCUAUUUAUCGAUAGAAUGAGUCCAAUGACAUCUGGUAGUGGAUCUCAAGAUGGAUUACUAUGUGUUUGGGAUCUCUUAACUGGAACGUGCAUGUACAGUAUACAAGCCCAUGAUGGUGCAGUGGCAGCUAUUACAUGUUCAGUGUCAUAUGUGAUAAGCAUUGGAACUGAUGAAAGAUUGUGUGUGUGGGAAAGGUUUCAGGGACACUUACUACAUGCUCUUCCAGCACACAGAUCAGCGUACAGUUUGCAGUUAGUCAUGUUAACGCAUCAUCUACUCAUCACUAGUAAUCAGGGGUCACUAGUAGUUUGGGAUGUAAGGACGGGAGAACCUGUGCGGGAAGUGAGGCUGGGUCACAAGGAUAGUUGUAUUUUCGUAAAACAAAUGUUAGCGUUAAGGGAUAGCGUAGUUUGCGAUUUCGGACGACAGUUGCGGAUAAUCAGGUUCCCAUUGGUCUCUGACAAGCUAGACUAAGAUCUGUAUAUGCACGUUGUACAUAGCUGUUUUGUUCUCUUCUAUUCUAUUCUUCUGUUUUUUUUCUUAUUUAAUUUUCAUACUUGAGCGAGGUCUCGCGCCUCGCCUGGGAAUAGAAAUUUUUACACGACGUACAUUUUAUAUUUUAAGUGAUUGUACACAAUUUUAAUAUGAAUGUUUUACAUAAACGACUAUGUCACGGUCGCGCCUUAAUAUUUAUACUCCAUUCAGACAGUAAGUAAGUGAAAUACGCUUGUCUUUGACAAUGAGAAACGUAUACAAGUUUUUAAUCGGUUUGCGGGAGAGAUUGUUCAUAUAAAUCAGGAUGCAGGAUGCGGGAACGCACUGUAAAAAGAAAAAAAAACAAUGGUAAACACAAAGGAUAGUAACACAAGAUCCAGAAAAAUAUUUUUAGGUAGUUCAACUCGGGUAUCUCUGUUCAUUGUCUUAGAAGUAUGGCUGUGCUACGUUUCGAAGCAUCCAAUUAUCGUUUCGCAGUGCGAUUUAGGAGCAAUUAAUUUUCUAUGCGACUGGUUUCGAGGCGAAUCGAUGUGCUUGGGUCAAUUUUACGAUAAGUAGAAGCUGCAUUUGUUGAACCGGUGCUGUUCCAUAACACGGGGGUGCUGGAUUUUCACUUCUGUGUUGUAAAACCGAGUACGAUAACGAAGUUAAUUAACUGUGACGUGUAUAAAGACGGUUUCCCGAAAUCUCAAUGAACAGAGAGCGCACGUGGUGUACCGGUUUAUCGAGGAUAAGGUAGGAAGAUUGAGGGCCGCGUCCAACAUACCAAGUAUUUGACCUUGAAAGUUUUAAGAUGAAUGUUACGAAGUUUUACAUUUAUUGUAUAGUAAAAUGUCUUUGUGUAUGUGUAACUUCGUUACAUGUAUAACGGUCUAAGAGUGCCUUUAUGCAGUUUCCGUUUAGUGCAACUAAAUGGGGAAGUAUUGUAGCAAAGGACAAUGAGACAUUAAAGGAAGGGAUCUCAGUCUCCUUAUACGUAGGGAGUUCUAUGUAACAUAGGAGGAGACUCAAAUUGAUAGUACGCUGAAUGUUAAUUCAUUUAGAACAUUUGAUCUUCAGGUAUAGAUGACAGAGUUAAUUCAGUCUCGCCAGCAAAACUUGUUUGUACUGUUAAGUUUAACACCUACAUUCAAAACUUCACCAUUUUUCACCUCCUGUACUAAACGCUUAGUCUUGUUUAGCUUUAGCGGUCUAUUUUUGUAAGGAGAAUCGUUGCUCCAAGCCGAGCGAACUUUGGGUCCUAUUUUAUAUGUAUAAUUAUAGUAGAAGACUUACGAGUGUGUAUAAAAUACAUAUUUGCUUCACAACAUAUGAUAGUUUCAACGGAGAGUAAUUACAUUUUGUGACACAUUGAAGGAUGAGUGAGUCGAAGUGUGUGCAGAGUCCAUAUGAGCAGCUAGUAGAGUCAUUGUUGAAGAGUGUUUAAUAUUAUGUGAAGGAUUCCUAAUAAUUAACUGGGGUGUGUGUUCGAAUGGAAUUUAUUAAGGUGUAAAGAGUGUUUAAUCGAUUCAACAUUGAUUACCUUGAAGAUCAACGUAUUAUUUAAUUGCAUUCAAACUUUACGCUUCCAGUGAUGUGAUAUGUGUGUAUAGUAGUACGUUAAACACCUUCUAAUGGAACAAUGGGUUUCGUGGGGAUUCAUCGAAGAAUGGGAAAAGUAAAAUUAUUGUAAAUAACGUUAUUUUCGUAACAUGGGUCCAAAGAGUCUAAACAUUUUUACACAAAUAUUUCCAGUUAAUUUUAGGACAUUCCUUCUGCGAUAGAAAUUUAAUAUGAGUGUUGCGAAAUGAACUUUACAACAUAGUGAUCUUAUACGCCUUUAGACUGAAUUGUAAGACGAUUUGUAUCGACGAGUCUCUUUUAUUUUCUGAUACCCUGUUCGAAGUAACUAGUGCUCGUGAUCACGAUCAUGAUCUAUUAAUAUAUAGAAAUAUAUAUAUAUAUGUAUACACACACACAUACACUUACACACACACACACAUAUAUAUAUAUACAUAUAUUUUUCUUAACCAAAGUUGCAAAUCAUAUCAGGUCGUGACACGCUCGCGCAAGUAGAAAUUAAUUGACAAAAGAAGUACGCAUAAAAAAAAUGGGAAAAAAUAAGUGCUUCUGAUGGCACAGCUGGUUGGCUAACAAUCAUUUAGGAGUCCGUGUGAUUUUUAUAUUUAUUUAAUUAAUUUACCAAGUGCAAAUCUGUCGUACACCAGAUAUAUCAUCCUUAAUAAAUUCUCACAUUUAUUAAAUUUUGAUUUUAUUUCUAUUUUUGUGUUAACAUUACGCAUUUCUCUCCUCACAUUUUUUCCUUGUAAUGUAUAAGUGAAAUAAAAGAAAGAAAAAUGAAUUAACAAAAAAAGGGCAAUAAAUAGAAGUUAUAUUAAUAUUUAAAUAGAGUUACUUCGGAGAUACUCUAUCCAAUAAUCUUUCUUAACUUAAAUAUUAAAUUAUUUGAAAUGUUAAAGACUCCAAUAUUAUAUCAAUAAAAAGGGAUUAUAUUUUAAUACUGAGACGAGAUGGUGGUCUACAUUAAUGGAACUUUCCUGUAGACGAGGAUUAGAUUGUUAUUAAUCUGGUACGAGAUAGAAAGUUAGCAGAUCAAUGAACAACGUUAGCAGGUGUAGUACAAUUCCGUGAUUAAACGGCGUGCGUAAUGUCUCAUGCAAAUUUUAAUCUCCUGUAAGACAGUAAAGUGGAGUGCGUGAUCUCCAGAUAAUCACGUACAUGACGGCAUGUGCGUUUAUCAUCAGUACCAUAUUUUCUAAUUAAUGUUGUCCAUAUUGGAAUCUCUAGUACAU